GGAAAGCUGGUGGCAGAUGCUGCCAAGCGCCUGGGUGUGAAGCACGUGGUCCUGGAGAACGUGAAGCGCCUGAGCGGUGGCAAGCUGGAGGUGCCGCACUUUGAUGCAAAGGGAGAGGUGGAGGAGUAUUUCUGGUCCAUUGGUGUUCCCAUGACCAGCGUCCGCGUGGCAGCUUACUUUGAAAGCUUCCUCACCACGUGGAAGCCCGUGAAAGCCUCUGACGGAGAUUACUACACCUUGGCAAUACCCAUGGGGGACGUCCCGAUGGAUGGGAUCUCUGUUGCUGAUGUUGGAGCAGUCGUCUGUAGCAUUUUUAAUUCUCCAGAGGAGUUUGUUGGCAAGGCCGUGGGUCUCAGUGCAGAAGCGCUAACCAUACAGCAAUAUGCUGAUAUUUUGUCCAAGGUUUUGGGGAAAGAUAUCCGAGAUGCAAAGAUGACCCCGGAAGCGUAUGAGAAGCUGGGAAUUCCUGUAGGGAAGGAGAUUGCCAACAUGUGUCGUUUCUAUCAAACGAGGCCAGACUGUGAUGUCAAGCUCACCCACCGACUAAACCCCAAGGUCAAAAGCUUCAGCCAGUUUAUCUCAGAGAACAAGGGGGCCUUCAAGGGCAUUUAAGCUGUUCGAACAGGCCCCUGACCACAUAACCUCCUUCCUCCCUGAUCCUUGUCCUCUUCCAGCACAACCUCUACGUUCACAUGACAUGUUCGAAUGCAAUGGUUUGUGACCCCAGAGCCUUCCCGGCAAUUGUCUCUUCGGCAGGAAGCACUGCGGUGGUGACGUGACACACAUGUCACUUUCCAGCUAGAGAUGAGGGUGGAGCACCUGUUUGUUAAGUGAGAAGCCCCAAACCUAUCACUUUUCGUAGCUCUCUCUCCCCAGAAGCCAACUUCAGAAAGCUCUGGCCCGAGGAACUUGGAGCUUCCUCCCUCACAUGGAUGGGGGGCCACUCAGCUGCGAAAGUGACCUUGAGCCCUGGCUCGGAAACUCCACUAGGCAGCUCCAGUGUCCUCGGGUGCAUUGCCACAUUCUCAGGGAACUAUUCUGUAAUUUCAAUUCCUUACAACAAAAAUCUUUGGAGAGGACUUUGUGGUGUUCAAUGAACCAGCACAAGUAUUGGAAACUCUAAAGUCAGUUUGGCUUCAAGGUUGGAAGUUUGUUCUCUGCUUCGUUCAUUCCAUCAUCAGUUGACUCAUCACUCAGUUAUUCAUCAAGCCUUCAUUUAUCCACUCCACAAACUUGGUCUUUAGCACCAGCACCAAUGAUGCAUUUGUGGACUUCUCUCCCCUCCUGUUUUCUUGCUGGAGUGGUCCACUCUCCAAAGGCUGCCAUGGCUCAUUACAGAUUGUGGUUGGGUCUGUGUCAUGUCAGGGCAAGAGGGCCAUGUAACCAUGUAGCUACAAGUGAAACCCAGAGGCUCUGCAGUGGCUGAAGGCCAGGUGCUGAGGCAAGGGUUGGCUAAAGGUGGAGAAGUGGAAAGAGGAGGGGACUGGAGGGCCCCAUCGUCCCUUUCUUCGUGUGUCUCUGGCUCAGCAGUUUCCACACCGUGUUGUAAUUGUCUGACUUACUGUGCUCCUCUUAGCUGUGAGAGACUUGCACUACUCUGUAUCCUGGUGCCUGG